CAAAAGUUUACUACUUUCCUUCCGCGCAUGAGAUGAGAGAGAGAGAGAGAGAUUACAUUUAAAAGAAGUACACAGCCUUCUUAGCCUAGACCUGAAGCAAUCUGAUAUGGUGCGUCAAAUCUAAACACUAGAUCUAGAAUCUAGAUUAGAGAAGGACACAUGUGUGUCCAUCCGUGCGCUCAGAGAACAAGUGUUUCUACUUGACAUCUAGAUGUAAACACCCACUUGCUUGACGGAUACACAGCAUUGUCUCAUAGCACACGCAGCAAAAAGGGAAAUAAACAGAGGAAGCUUUCAGCAUGAACUAUUUAUACAGACAUGUGGAAGAACUGUACCUAUUGAUGUUGUCAUGGUUGAAGGCAUGGUGGCGGUAUCUUGUUUAUUCAGAACUUUCAGUUUCUUGUUGGUUCUGUGACCACAAGGCUUUGAUUAAAAUUCAGCAAAAGGACAAAUGGAUUUGUACAAGUUGUGAGCAACAGAAUGGUUUUGAUGAGACAGGUGACUAUGUACAUCCCAUUGAAACACAGUAUGCAGUGAAGGAAGAUUUGCCCAGUGGAGCAGCUUCCUCGGCUGAGGUCAGAGGGUUACUCUGUGAGGCUUGUGCUCACCAUCAGACCAUCAAGGUGCGCCAACUGGCGGCCUAUACCCCUUUAGAUGAGGGCAACUAUGAUGAGGAGAUAGAGAGCUACAGCCAGUACUUGGAGAUUGUAUAUCGCCUUUGUCAGGCCUGUGAGCUUAAAGUGCUUGAGCACUUGAAGAAACAAGACCACUUGCUACUUGAGAAAAUGGAAAAGUCACAAGUGGAAAAGUUGAGGGAGCAUAAGGAGAUGGGGAAUUCUGACGAUGCAUUGUUUAAAUCUUUUCUGACUUCACAGAACACAGAGCAUUUGCCAAAGAGACGCUAUUUACCAUCCUUCAUAUUCUUCUUCUGUUUGAUUUUAGCAUUUGCAUUGUUGGUAAUAAAUGUACGACUUCUUGCUGCAUCGACUUCGACUAAACUUUUCUCUAACAGCAUUCUGCAAGGCUACGUUGAUUUCUUGGUCCAGAAAUUGCCGUCAAGGACUGCUGUAGAUACUGCUGAAAUUAUUGAAUAUCUGGGGACAGCUCUUUGCUUUACUGGAAUGUUUGUGGCUGGAAGGCAUAGCUGGUACCCUGAGGAUGCCUUACACGUGAACCUGUGGGUGGUUUGUGUUGUGCUGUCCAACAGGGAUGUCCUCACCUUCCUGCCCUGGUUGGCUGUUAGAGGCGCUGGUCAUCUCAUCAUCGCUCUGUCCACUUUAACUGCAGCAGCCUUUUGUGUUUUGCGGCCUCGAGUACCUAGAAAUCUGGAUUUUAUUUCUGUAUUGAGGAGGCCAAUUUCUGAUCUUGGAAAUGCAACAUCCGUAACAGCAGAACAGAAGCCAAUAAAGUUCAAGCGAAAUAAAAAGGGAUCAGUUUCUCAAGAAGCUGGUUCAUCUUCCUUGCAUCACCCACAGCGUGGAGGACCAGAUGGUUCUUCUCUCGAUAACUUCCUUCAGGAUUUGAACUCUUUUUCUCUUGGGUCAAGAAAAGUGCCAGGUGCUUCGUCGAGCUUUUGGUCCGUGCCUGCUGGUGCUGAGUCGUCCUUUAACAGGUCCCCGUCUUUCGCGUCAGAAUCAUCAAAUGAAGAUCGCCCUUGUUCUCCAAGUGGACUUCGUCCAGUUCUCUCACCAAGCAGGCUCAGUUUUGUUAGCUUUGGUGCCGCCAGUUCUUCUUCCAGUACAACCAAUAUGAAAAGUUCCCCUUCUCCUUCAAUGACAAGCACCUUGCAAAAGGGUAUUUUUGGACCACCUAUGGGCUCUGUUUGUGACAGUCUUGCCAAUAACUCUAACUUGAGUCAGGUCAGGCAACAUGGUACCCAGAGCAACACUUCUAUUUCGUCAUGUGUAUCAUCUACAUAUGAAACAUCAAAAAUCGCCAAGUCUGUACCUCCUAAUAUUGGAUACUCACCAGGAAGUCAACACUACUGGCAGAAUGUUCGUAAACCUACACCUGUCCGAUCCACGCAUGAUGAAAGCAGGUCAACGGGCCCAUGUGACUCUCAAACAUCAAAUGUAUCAACUCGCGAUGGACGGAAUGAUGUAAAAAGUUCUCUUGGGUAUCUAUCCAAGCAGACAGAAAAACAAUUUUCUACCUCAGUGAAAAGACAAGGCAGCUUUGUCAAGCCUGCAGACAAUAAAAAAAUGGUGGAUAGUAUCCGGAGAUCGUCCCGGAUCGCUACUAAAACAAGACCUUGGCCAUUGAAAAAAGCCCUGAGUUGCAGUAAUGCUAAUGACAAGGAAAGGGCAGAGUUAGCUGGUGUUGCCGCUCGGUGUAAGAGAAAUUUCUCUCCCACCACCAGUGCAGUAACAAGUAUGAAAGACAUUGUCAAUUCCUCUGCUGCUACAAACUCAUUUCGAAGUAUCCCUUCAGACAUGCUAUUGCAAAAUAUUCUGGAGUUUUCUGAUGAUGAGGGUGAGGUUGAAACUGAUCUGUGUGACCUAUCGGAAUCUGCAGUCAGACAAACAGCAGAUUCAUCAACCACAGUUGGAAAUGAAUUCCUCUAAUGUGUCUUGGGACAUGGGUCAAUGGACUGUUGAGAGAUUUUUUUUCCUCUUGUUAUUAAGUCUUUUAAGCUCUGCUUACAGUUGAAGUGAACGUAGGUUCAAAUGCUGCUCUUGUCUUUCAUUGGAACUUAAGUUUAUUAGAAAAUUAUAAACUCAUUGUUCUAAACCAUUUAGCACUUACAGGGGCAUUGUGCAGAGUCAGUUAAAUCACGCUUAAAGCAGCAUUGCGCAGUGUUUCAAUUGCCAAAUGCAUGCCCGACAUUACUGUGGUGUGCAUUCCUAUGAGGUCUUCACAUAUCUUAAAAUGACUGAAAAUGAGGCUAUAAAGUGGAAGUAGAGUUGUUUUUCUUUCUUCAAGUUUUUGAAUUAUCAAAAUUGACCGAGAUAUAAUAUAGUGAUUGUGUGAAUUUUUAAGUAAAUGGAGGGUGCAAUGGAGUUGGACAAAUCCAAGGAAACUUUGAAAUAUACUAAAAUUCAGUUCGUGAAGUGAUCUGGACCAAAGUCACAUUGAAAGUACAUUUUUCGGUCUACUGUGAUAUUGUAUUUAUUCAAGUCACCAGGGAAGUUGGUCCUUUUUGGAUUUGAUGAAAUAGAUGGCAUUUACCUGUCAUGUUUUCAUGAAAACCCAAUUGUCGCAACUGUUAUGAGAGAAAUAAAGAACUUACCCAUAUU